AUGGCUGGACGUGUGCAAGACGAACAACCCGGCCUCGCCACCAUGGAAAACGGUCUUCCGGAAAACUGUGUCGAAUACUUCAUCUUUUUGAUCGAAUCGGAGACUCGAAACGAUACGCGAAAGCAACUCUCACGGCUCGAGCAUAUCCGCAAGGCAGCGCUUCAGCUUACGACGCGACUUACGAGUGACUACAUCUGGCAGAGGGGUUCUCUCAACCUCGAUAUCGUUACCAAUCAGGGACUUGUCUAUCUACACGGAGUGUCAGACUAUGGGGACGCCAUCGAAGAUGAGUGGCUCCUAGUCUACAUACUCAGGGAGCUCUCCAAAUCCAACCCGGCAGCAUGGAUCCGCGUCUCAGACAGCGACGGCGAGUUUCUCUUGGUGGAAGCAGCCAAUGUGUUACCAAAGUGGCUGAGCCCAGAGAACGACCAGCAUCGAGUCUGGAUCAACAACGGCCACCUCCGCAUAAUCCCCUUGACCGAAAGUUCUCCGGCUUCCAAGUCCCAACAGCUCACGCUAGCAGGAGCUGUGGAUGCCAUUAGAGAAGAUGCAGCCUCCCUCAUUCAUUCCGAAUUCAUCGAAGCGGAGGCAUUUUACCGACUGGAGAAGUACCCCGAGCAAAUUCAGAAAUCCAUCCAUCACUCGUUGGUGACGAUACCGCGGAGGCUGGCAUAUAUCAUCCAUCAAGCCCCGAGAGCAAUCGCCCCAGCCGUGGAGUCCUUCUAUCUGCGCGAUGCGUUGGACUUGAAAGCACUCUUGUCCAAGCCCGACGCCAUCCUUUUUCCUCCGAAAGAUCUCGUCACGUUGAGUGUAAAGUUCACCAGGGUCCUGUUUGCGCAACUUCGAUCACAGCGAUUCGAGCCCCCCACGCCUUGGGUGGAUAUCAUUCAGAGGGCCCGAGGCAAGGAGCAAGCUCGGCUAGAGAUGGGCAUGAAGGUCACAUGCGGGUUCGAAAUCAUGUUGAAGAACAUUCACAAGACCAACAGCCGCGAAGCUCGGGAAGCCAGCAUCUUUGUUGAAGAUUUGCAAGAGGAUGGCGACUCAGUGUUACCAACGGACAAAGACAUCAACACAUGGACAGACGCUGACAGAGACGACGAUGAAGCAUGGAUGGAUAUCAACUAUGAGGACUUUGAGGAGGAACUUCAAGGUCGUCGUGGCGGUAAAGGCAAGCAACCCGGAUCCGGUUUUGGGGAUUCCACGGCGCAGGCAGACUUGCGCAAGAUUGUGUCCCGCUUCGAGGCCUUCCUAAAUGAUGACAGUGCAGGACUUGAAGGGGUUGAAAUCGACGAAAUGGACAUCGAUAACGAGGAUGAUGGUGACGAUGAUGGAAGCGGGGAGGACGACGAGGACGAGGACAAAGCUGUCAGCUUCGACGAGGCAGAGUUUUCUCGAAUGAUGAGAGAAAUGAUGGGACUGGCCCCAACUGGGAUACAGGCGACAACAAGGUCGGACAAAAAGCCGGGGAUGGCGGUCCCGAAUGCAACAGGCCUGGUGCAGGUCGGAGAGUCUGGUGAAGACUCUGACGGCGAAGAGCUGCAGAAGCUUGCAGCGCAGCUCGAAGCUGAACUCAAAGAAUACGGCGCCCUGAAACUCGACGCGGGAGGCAACAAAAUGCCCGCGGUUGAGGGCAACGGCAGUUCGAAGGACGUAGGAAACGCUAACAGCAGCCAUCCCAACGGUUCUGGCGCUGACCACAUUGACGAUGAAGAGGGGGUCGAUGAAGAGAUUGAUAUUGAUUAUAACCUGGCAAAGAACCUCUUGGAGAGCUUCAAGGGCCAGGCAGGUCUACCUGGACCGGCCGGCAAUAUAUUGAGCAUGAUGGGGCUCCAGCUUCCUCGUGAUGAAGAUGACGGCGACGUCAAGGCAGGAAAGGAGAAUUGA